AUGACAGGAGAGCGACUUAAACAUCCCAUCCCACCUACAAGCCUCCCAAUUGAAUAUCAUACUCAACGUUUACGGGCUGUACAAGAUUUUGAACCAGAAAAUGGAUACGAUCGUCUGGGAUGUGUCGUUAAUGAUCGUUUCUUACUAAUCUAUGAAGAUCCAAAUUCCGAUUGGAUCCUUGCUACUUCUUUGAAAUCUCGUCACUCAGGUUAUUUACCGAAAUCAUGUGUUGAGAAAGAAUAUCCAGAGAUUAUUGAACGUUUAGACUUCUUCCACCCUGAUCCAACACCUCAUCCUAAAGAGUUACUCAAGAAAGCUGGUCCAUUUAGCUAUUUAUUACGCCCUUGUGAUUCACGUCCUGGACUAUAUACAUUACUCUUAUACGAUGGAGUACGUGUUCGUAAAUGUCGACUUGAAUUAAUUGUUCAAUCGGAGCUUAUACCACAAGAUGAUGUUACACCGACCAAGAAAACCAAUCAUGAUAGUAAUUUUGAUCAUAGGAAUAGUGAACUGUUAGAUGAACAUACAAAUGAAUUCAAUAAUGAAUCAUUAUCAUGUAGUAGUAAUAAUGAAGAUGAUAAAUCAGAUGAAUUUCAUAGAAAAUCUAAUAAAAUAUUUUUAACUAAUAAAAAUUUAGAAGAUAAUCAUAGUACAAAUGAAUUUAUAAAUUUUAAUAGAAAUUUUCAAUCUCCUCUUUAUCGUACAACUACUAAAAUACUGUAUAGCGGUACAACUUUUCCUAAUGUUGAAGCUGUAAUCACAGCUAUUGAAUCACAUCAUUGGGAUCUUUAUCAUACUGAAGAAUUGAACACUUUAAAUAUUUCCGAUGAUGGAUGUAAUUGUCCAAUUAAUGAUGAGGUUAAUGUAAAUGCAACAAAUGAUAUUUCAUCAGUAGAUAGUUCAAAUAUUAAUACAACAGUUCAACAUGUAUUUAAACCUCUCUACAGGAAGCGUAAACCUCAAGUACAUCCUCCCUCGUCUACUAUUUAUAUGGAUAUGUGUUAUGCACGUCAACCACCAACAUCUCAUCAAUCGGUAACUGAAAUUCAUGGGGAAUUGUCCAUUUGGUUACAACAAAGAAAGAAAUGGAAAUUAUGUUAUGCACAUUUAGAUAGAAAACAAAGUAUACUAACAUUGGUUGAUGGAGAAAAACGUAAACCUGAACGGUUUGAUCUUUCUAAAUGUGAUUUCUUUCCUAUCCAUUAUACAGUAUAUGAAAAGAAUUUUUGCUUUGGUUUAGUUUUAUAUGGUGCUUCAGCGGGAGAUCGAGAAGAAUUUGUUUUACGUGUAGAAGCUCCAUGUUCAUCAAAUAAAUUUCAUUCAAAUGCUAUUACUUCAACAAUAUCUAGUCGAAUUAAUUUAUUCAGUAAUUAUGAUUUAGAUAAUAAUUCGUAUUCCGGUCGUCCUGAAGAACCACCGUACACACUUCAAAACUUAUCACACUCAUGCUGUCGUUUUGCAUGUGACUGGGCUGUUCGUUCAAAUGUAACCUCUGUAGAUAAUAAAUCGUUGUUGUCAUCAUCAACUAAUCCGAACGUGACCAAUUUAUCAGAAAAUAAUAAUAAUAAUUGUCUUGUUAAUUGUGAUUUGCCACCGGCCACUUGGGAGAUUGUAUACCAAAGAUGGGUGACGAGUUUGAAACGACAUUGUCGUAAUACGAAAGCCGAUUCAGCAACUGAAGACAAUGUAUCACUUAGGCAAACGAACUUAAGAUGUUAUCGCAACCUUGAGAUCAAGUUCAAUAAUGCCAAAUUAAUGCCAACGUCAUCAUCAAAAUCUCGCCGAGAUGAUUCAAUUUACUCCGUAAAUUUAGAUGGAUUUGAAAUUGGACGUGCCUACUCCGGGUCUUCUGUCGUUUCUAUUUUUUUAGAUGAAUUUCCGUUUGGUUUCAAAAAGAUUGAAGUUUUUAUGAAGGAAGAUAAACGUAAACGUUCACUCGCUAUCGAUUUUGAUAUAGUCCAAUACAAUGCUACUACAAAUUCCGGUGGUUCUACGAUUGCAGAUCAUGAUAAACAAGUUCCUGCUGGUAAUUCAUCAUCGGCAUCUCUCUCAUUAUCGUCAACGUCCCCUCUCCAUUAUUCAAUAUGUGAUACGCAAGAACGUAGCAAUGGUCAAGUAUCCAUUAUUUAUAAAGAACUACACGUAAUUCCUUUUCAAUAUUAUGAAGGUUUUCGUCAGACAAUAAGAAACUAUAUGAAUUCUGAAUUCAUACCUCUUUGUAUUCAUGUUUGGAAAUCAUUUGCACACAAUAUGAACCAAAUGAAUUUUGUUACCAGUCUAUUAUUAACAACAAUCGAAUUGAAUUGUCAUUUAGAGUUGAUUGUCAAUUUACUACGAAUUGAAGUAAAUAACGAUAAGCCAAGUGCUUCUUUUCGGGGCAGUUCAUUGGGAGCACAAAUACUAGAUAUCUAUAGUACUACUGUGUGUGCAGCUUGGCGUAGUCAGUGUUUUCGACGUGUAUGUGAAAAAGCUCUGGAAGGUCCACCGUCAAUAAAAUCUAAUUCAACUACAUCUUCAAACCCAUCUCUUAAUGUAAGUCAAAUUAAUAGUGCUAGCAAUAUAAAAUCAACAUUCAAUCAACGUCCUUCUGUUGAUAAAAGUUCUCAUCAUUGUACAAAUUCUACCAAUUCACAUUAUGCACUUACAACGCGUCCAUAUUCAUUAUCAACUGGUGCCACUGGUUCAGUGAAAUUCGACCAAAUCUCAUCUACUACACCUAAUCAAGGUUCUCUUCAACAUCAUCAUACACGUGAACAAGAGUGGCAUCACCAUUUGCUCUCCAUUGCUGUGGAUGACUUGAUAACGUAUGUACGCACAUUUCCUCUACAAAUUCGUUGGAUCUAUUCAGAAUUACAGGCUUUAUAUUCACCUAACCAUAGUAAUGUUGUAGUGUGUAAUCUAGUUUUUCUACGUGGUCUUUGUCCAGUGUUAUAUUCGCUUUCAUCUUUGGGUAAAACAAUUUGUUCAGAAUCGCUCAAUGGAUCUAUUCACGGUAUUUUAUCUGGUUUUCCUAAUGAUGUUUUCCAUUCAUCAUAUACAAAUUCAACUACUAAUUCUUCUUAUCAUUCAUGGUCUUCUUUUCCUCAAUUAAAUUCUGGUGCGAAUUCACCAACUGUUCCAUCACAUGCAUCUGAAGCAUUUGCUUUAAUAGCUAAAACAUUAUUAGCUCUUGUCGGUCUGAAUGAAACACCGAAAACACAAGCUGAUGGUUUUUUAUCAUUGGAACAAUUUAUGAGUUUACGAACAAGAUUAUUAAAUGAAUUUCGUAUACCUAUUACUUCUCCAUUGUCAACAAAUGAAAUCAAACAAUUAGAACAGUUAUAUGAAACAGAUGCACGUAAAGCCAGUUGUAAAUCACUUAGUCGUGAAUUAGCUCAAUUAGCAUAUUAUUUAUUAGAAGCAUAUCAUCCGAAACAUCAAUCGACUACAAUUUGUCGAAUAAAUAAUAAUUCCAUCAAUCACUUAAAUGAUACUACUACUACUACUAUCAAUAAUAGUAGUAAUAAUAAUAAUAAUGACAUAUCCAAUUCUACAAUGAAUAACAAUUCUACACCGAUAAAAAAUCAUAAUCAUGAAAAUAAAAUAACAGAUAUUUAUCCUGUUUCAUUAUCACCGCAUAUUUAUUCCGUUCUAAUUGAUCUAGCUGAGAAAACGCAUCAAUUUGUACUGGCUAAUCGAUUGACUUAG